CGCUGCGAGGAGUCAGUUGCUCACGAGCACCCGUCGACUGAUGAACAUGGCCUCUCACACAUCGAACAGCGCGAGUGUCGUGCUCGCGAUGUGCCGUAACGCUCUUCUGCUCGCGGUGGCGAUUGUGGCUCUCUGCGGGGCCGACGAGAACGGCCUCAAGGUGGACAAGAUGUACAUGCCUGAGAUAUGCGACGUCAGGUCGAAGAAGGGCGACCAGCUGACCAUGCACUACACCGGCACGCUGCAGGACGGCAGCAAGUUCGACUCAAGCUUGGACAGAGAUCAACCAUUCACUUUCCAGCUGGGUGUAGGGCAAGUCAUCAAGGGUUGGGACCAGGGUCUCUUGGAUAUGUGCGUGGGUGAGAAGAGGAAGUUGACGAUACCGCCUGAACUUGGAUAUGGCGAGAAAGGUGCCGGAAACGUUAUUCCUGGUGGUGCUACUCUUACAUUCGAGGUUGAGCUCAUGAACAUUAGCGACUCACCACCAACCGCUAAUGUUUUCAAAGAGAUCGAUGCCGACAAAGACAAUCAGUUGUCCCGCGAGGAGGUGAGAUCAAUGGUAAGCGAUUACCUGCGAAAACAGGUGAUAGAGGCGGAGCAGGCCGGAGCGGGCGAGAAUGAAGACGUGAAGAAGAUGCUGGCCGAUCACGAUAAACUCGUCGAGGAGAUCUUCCAGCACGAGGACAAGGACAAGAACGGCUUCAUCUCCCACGACGAGUUCAGUGGGCCGAAGCACGACGAGCUCUGAAGCCUUUGUCCCGCAUCAUCGCCCUCGUCGCGCCCCGCGCCACCACGUGUUCACCUCUGUAUAAAAUCACCUCUUUGAGUCCCCUCUCAGGGAUUCCUGAAGGAUCCACUGAUCGAUCGGCCCGGGCGCGCGCGCGCGCCCGGGCUCGCAAGACCAACCGAAUCUACCGACAACAAACUUUUCCAGCUCGGCAUCACUGACAAUGCAAGAGGGAUGCGACCUUCGGGAAUCUCCGGCCUGCAGAGUCCCACUCGUGUCCUUGAUUGCGGGAGAGAAGCUGCGGUAGGUGAAACGAGGAUCAACAACAAGAGCUCGGAAAAUUCGUAACUGGUUUUUCGAAGCUUUGAAUCAUUCCAAGAUUUCUUCAUUUUUGACCAUCCUCUUCCUGCGAUCGAGAGUACGAGUCGCGCUCGUUUGAAAUAGGAACCGCGAACGACAUCCCGCGACCUAUUUAUCACCUUAUAUAUACGCACAGCAUUGCUCGAGAAUUUACAGAGGGAAUCUCAACAGACUUAUGGCAUGUAAUCGCCACCCGAAUCUCUCGAAUUCUGACACAACUUUUACUAGGAACAUCUGCAAGUCUUUCAUUGUCGCUCAAUGAUAUUUCCCAGGUUUUUUAUAGUUCUUAUCGUAACGGAUGCUAUUUUAUUUUAUUUUCGUAGCAAUAAGAUUUUUAAUUUGUCCAAUUUGU